AUGGCAUUCAAAGGAUGUACCUGGCAAGGCAUCCAGGUGGAAGGAGAUUGGCAUACAGGAGCUCCAGUGCAUAAAGGAGAUCUAGUGCAGGCUAACUGGAAACCAAGCCCUAGCAGGCAGGACUCGGGGACUUGGAAGCUGGGAGGCAGGCAGGUAACUUUUCAGAUCACCCCUCCAUGUACCCGUGAGAGGCAUUAUGAGCAUUUCGGACGAUGCUGUAAUAAAUGUGAACCAGGAAAGUACAUGUCUUCUAAAUGCACUACUACCUCGGAAAGUGUAUGCUUGCCCUGUGGCCCAGAUGAAUACUUAGACACCUGGAAUGAAGAAGAUAAGUGCUUGCUGCAUAAAGUUUGUGACACAGGCAAGGCCCUGGUGGCCGUGGAGCCCGGCAACCGGACGGCCCCGCGGCGUUGCGCAUGCACGGCCGGCUACCACUGGAGCGCCGACUGUGACUGUUGCCGCCGCAACGCGGAGUGCGCCCCGGGCUUCGGCGCCCAGGACCCGGUGCAGCUCAACAAGGACACUAUUUGCAAGCCCUGCCUAGUGGGCUACUUCUCUGAUGCCUUUUCUUCCACCGAGAAAUGCAAACCCUGGACCAACUGUAGCAUUCUUGGAGAGGCAGAAGUACGUCAUGGGACGGAUAAAUCCGAUGUGGUUUGUAGUUCUUCUCUGUCAUCGGCAAAGCCUCCAAGAGAACCCCCGAUUUACUUGCCCAGUUUAAUUAUUCUGCUUCUCUUCAUAUCCGUGGCAUUGGUUGCUGCUGUCAUCUUUGGUGUUUAUUAUAGGAAAAAAGGGAAGGUGCUAACAGCUAAUUUGUGGCACUGGGUCAAUGAGGCUUGCGGCCGCUUAAGUGGAAAUAAGGAGUCCUUGGGCAACAAUUUCAGCAACACUCACGUGGAAGCCUCUAGUCAGCGUGAAAUUUGUGAAGGUGUCCUACUGCUGACUCUGGAAGAGAAGAUGUUCUCUGAAGAUAUGUGCUGUCCAGACAGUGGCGGUGUCUGUGAGGGUGCGUGUGCGGGCAGCGGGCCCCGGGCCAGGGUGCUCCCCUUGGUCAGCGAGCUCGAGGGGGACCCCUUCCGGCACAUUCCCAUGGAAGACGAGUAUGUGGACAGGCCCUCCCAGACCCCAGACUCUUCGCUGUUCCUCACUCAGCCUGGGAGCAAGUCCACACCCCCUUUCCCUGAGCCCCUGGAGGUGGGGGAGAAUGACAGUUUGAGCCAGUGCUUCACUGGGACAGAGAGCCUGGCCGAUUCUGAAAGCUGCCACUUCGCCAAGCCCCCGUGCAGGACUGAUUGGAUUCCCACGGCCUCCGAAAAGGACUUGCAAAAAGAAGUGGAGGGUGGCCAUUGCCCCCACUGGGGGGCAGCCCGCGGCAGCUCGGCAGAGGGCUGUGCAAACUGUGGGAACCCGCCUGGGGAGGCCCGGGAACCCCGCAUGGCUUUGCCGCAAAGCGGACCCUUGCCCCAGUGUGCCUAUGGCAUGAGCCUUGCGCCCGAAGAUGCCGCCGCCGGGCCUGGCCAGCCCGCCAACGGGGCUGACCGUAGGCUCCCCGGCUCCGUGCAGGGGGGCCCUGGGUCUGGAAGCGCCUCCAGCGACCAGCCACCUGCGUCUGGAAAUGUGACUGGAAACAGUAACUCCACGUUUAUUUCCAGCGGGCAGGUGAUGAACUUCAAGGGCGACAUCAUCGUGGUCUACGUCAGCCAGAACUCCCAGGAGGGCCCGGCAGGGCCCGGCAGCGGCGCGGGGGAGCCGGUGGGCCGCCCGGUGCAGGAGGAGAGCCCGCCGCGCUGCGACUCGUUCGCCGGCCUCGCGCCGCGCUUCCGGGACCCGUGCGCCGGCCUGGACGCGCGCGCGGGCGGGGGGCUGCAGGAGCGCGGCGCCCCCGGGCCCGACAAGGCGUCGCGGCCGGUGCAGGAGCAGGGGGAGGCCGAGGCCGGCGCGACAGGGGCACGGCGCUGAGCGGCCGGGGACCCGCAGCGGCUCU